UUCUAACGUACGCAGAGAUUGACAUCUGUCCGGCCAACUGGGAGCGGAUUGUUCUGGGGGCCAUCCUGCUGGCCUCCAAGGCGUGGGACGACCAGGCAGUAGUGGAACGUGGACCACUGCCAGAUUCUGAAGGACAUCACGGUGGAGGACAUGAACGAGCUGGAGCGACAGUUCCUCGAAUUGCUCCAGUUCAACAUCAACGUGUCCUCCAGUGUUUAUGCCAAGUAUUUUGAUCUUCGUUCUCUGGCGGAAGCCAACAAACAGAGCUUCCCCUCGAAGGCCCUGAGCAGGGAGAGGGCCCACAAGCUGGAGGGAAGAUCUGGCUUAUCUUCAUGGUGCUGCUGAGGAUGGGGGUGCUCAUCCUGGCCGGGUCGCCGGUCUACCAGGAUGAGCAGGAGAGGUUCGUGUGCAAUACUCUGCAGCCCGGAUGCGCCAACGUUUGCUACGACAUCUUUGCCCCUGUGUCCCACCUGCGGUUCUGGCUGAUCCAGAGCGUGUCUGUUCUGCUUCCAUCCGCCGUCUUCAGUGUCUACGUGCUGCACAAAGGAGCCGAGCUGGCGGCACGUGGAUCCCGCUGGCUGGAUGAUGACUCGGAGGACCACGAUGGCCCUGAACUGACCCCGGGGGCCAGGCGCUGCCUGAUGGUGCCGGACUUCUCCUCGGGCUACGUGGUCCACCUCUGCCUCCGGACCCUGACGGAGGCAGCUUUCGGUGCCCUGCAUUACCUCCUCUUCGGAUUCUUGGUCCCCAAGAGAUUCUCGUGCACGCACCCUCCUUGCACCAGCGUGGUGGACUGUUACGUCUCUCGGCCCACGGAGAAGUCCAUCCUGAUGCUUUUCGUCUGGGCGGUCUGCGCGCUGUCCUUGUUGCUCAGUGUCGCCGACCUGGUCUGCAGCGUGCGCUGGGAGACGCGCAGGCGACACGGCGGGGCCCGGAGGAGGCCGUGUCAAGGGGCGGGGAGUGCGGCGCGGGAGGGACACGGGGCGCCCGAGGGACGUGGGGCGCGCGCUCGCCGGGGCCUGCGGACUGGAGGGCAGGGCGCGUACAGCCCCGCACCGGAGCCCACCGAGCCGGGGCACCCGGAUCUGCCAGGGGAGGACGAGAGCGACGCGCUGUCCUCAGCCAGCGACCAGCCGCGCGGGGCCGGGCCGGGAGCGGCGGCCCCGGGGUGGGAGGAGCGCCCCUGCGCGCCAAGCGCCGCGCUCCCGGGCCCCAGCAAGUCCGAGUGGGUGUGAGCGGCCGGCGUCCCGCCCCGGGAGCGCGGCAACCAGGACCGAGAACAUCGACCUGCAGAAAGGUGAGCUGGCGGGACAGACCGACUUCCUGAGAGGCUCCGGUGCAGCGCAGCAGGGAUUUAAUUUAGAUGAAGCCUUCUGGGGAACCCUGCACUUGGCGUGCAAAUGCGGAUGGAAGCUCCAAGGAUUAACCGGCGAGCAUCAGGUCCAUGAGUUUGUCGCGCUGUAGUUCUAUUGUCUUAUUUUACCGCAGUAUGGGCUUGAAAAGCACGUUCUUUGGACUUACAGAGCUUAUGAAUAUUUUAAUGUUUUCGGGUGGAUUAUUUUGACGGUUUGUUGUUUGUUUUGGUUUGUUUUUCUGCUUAGCCAAAAAGGGCAUCUGUUAUGCACAUCAUCAUAGAGGGAUAUUAGUUUAACUUCUCCAAACCCCUUUAAUAAAAUGAAUGCUGAUUGCGUUGCCAUAUCACACUUCCUACUUCACUGUGUUAAAGGAGAAACCACACAUGCAGGAAAUAUGACUGAACACUUUGGGGUCUUUGGGGGUCGUCCUGGGUGCUCAUUGCAUGUGGGUGUGAGGUGCGCAGGACGCGGGGUGGCCGCGGCUUGCUUUAGUGUCGCUGGGCUGUUGGCGGGGUGGCUGUCCUCGCCGAGCAGAGGGGGCACUCUGGCUGCUGACAGGCCUAGAGUUGCCACACGGCUUCCAGUCCCGGCUCUGUGUCCUCGAGACAGCCAUACAGUUAGGGCUGCCCUGAGGGUCUUCAUGUCCCAGGGAAGCAGAUGAGGAAUGCUGCAGGUGUUCCAGCCUUGUGGUCUGUGCUGAUGCUCCGGGGGUGGGGGGGUUAUCCUAGAGACACAACGGUCUCACCUCUCAGGGGAGCCCCUCUGCUCUCCUCCGCUCGCCCUGGAUGCGGUCCAGGUGCUGUCCAGUUGGAGUGUGAGUCUGUUAGAGCUUCCGUGCUGCCUUCACCUGCCACGCGGAAGACACAGUGCAGCAGAAAGACGGGGUAAGCCUGUUCCUCUUAUGGCAAGGAAGAGCCACUGGGUGGCCCCCCAGAACGGAUGAAGAACCUCUGGUCCCCAAACCCCCAACGCUGAGGAAGAGGAACUGCCCUCCAUGCCAGCAAGUAGUAAAAACAAAAGUGAACCAAGGCACCCAGGGAACCAGUGGGCACUUUUAACUGUUCUAAAGAUGACUUUGACAGUGAAAUAUCAGCCGGGAUGGGGAAUGACAUCCUCCUUGAUCUAUCUAGGGUGUCAAAGCCAUUGGUUAAAACUUAAAAAAAAUCAUCCAAAAUUGGUUUUGGCAUAAAGCUCUUUGAAUGAAUGUACCUGGUUUUUGUUUUUUUUUUUUUUUUUUUUGCGGUACGCGGGCCUCUCACCGUUGUGGCCUCUCCUGUUGCGGAGCACAGGCUCCGGACGCGCAGGCUCAGCGGCCAUGGCUCACGGUCCCAGUCGCUCCGCGGCACGUGGGAUCCUCCCGGACCGGGGCACGAACCUAUGUCCCCUGCAUCGGCAGGCGGACUCUCAACCACUGCGCCACCAGGGAAGCCCUGGCAGGUGGAUUCUUAACCACUGCGCCACCAGGGAA